AAGUGACAGGUAUCAAACCAGAAAUUAGGCAAAGAAAAUGGCGGGUAUGUGUUGCUAUAGUAGCCUUUCACAGACCCUCAUCAACAAGAAAGGGCAAGGUGGUUUCUACUGCUGCUCCCCUGCACCCAAUAAUCAGAAGGUGAAAACCCAAACACCCAAGUUGUUGAAAAUUGCAGUCAGUGGUGUCACUGAACUACUCAGGCUCCUCCCUUCACCAUCAACAAACAGAUUGGGGGUAUCUGAUGAUGAAGGGGGUGGAGAGCCUUUGGUUUAUAAUGUAGAAGAUGUCCUCAAGAUUAUCAAGUUAGAUUAUGAGAAAGCUUAUUUUGUUACAGGCCUCUUCACCAGUGGAAUUUAUGCAGAAGACUGUGUCUUUGAAGAUCCAACUAUAAAAUUCCGUGGAAGGGACUUGUAUUCCCGCAACUUGCAAUUGCUGGUACCGUUUUUUGAUAGUCCAUCAAUCAAAUUAGAAAAGAUUGAGAAGGGUAAUGAUUCUAAUGCAGAGGUCAUUGUGGCAUACUGGAAACUGAGAACAUCCCUCAAACUUCCGUGGCAGCCUCUCAUCUCUGUUGAUGGGAAAACGGUCUAUGAUCUAGAUGAACAACUCAAAAUUGUUAAGCAUGUUGAGAGCUGGAACAUUUCUGCUCUUGAAGCGGUUGGCCAGAUUUUUACGCCUGGUUUGAGGAGCUCUGGCUCUUACAGUUUACUUCACAGCUCGAGUUGGAAAGACAGUAAUAUAGGUAAUAAAUAGGUGAAGUAAUUUCUCUUGACAUCCAUUUAUCAUAAUUACUCAUUUCACUGUAUAUUUAUUAUGUCAAUUUAACUUGCACAUCAUCUUGCCUCCGAA